AUGGCGGGCCAGCAGCAACAGAUCAUGGACACCAUCUUCAACAUGAAGAGGAGGAUGCUGCGGAGAGACGACUCGGAAUCUGAGGAAGAAGAGUCGCCGUUCGGUAGCCACAAGCAAGACCUGAAGCGCAAGGUCCACUAUGCGCGUGCCAGCGACCCAGAUUUUCUGUCGGAUCCUCGUCCUUAUAAAAAGCGCAUCGAGCACGCUGGCUAUCGCAGAGCUAUCCUACAGCGUAACCCUCCGCGCUUUGAUCCUGACGGAGACCUCGUUGAGCCAGAUGACGAAUAUGACGAGGAAGAAGAUCUGGAAGCCGUAGAGGAGAAUCCAUAUGGGAACAUACUGCUAGAAAACCUUCUUGCGCCGUUGACAUCCGCAGCCGAUUUGCCAACCCACCAGGCCCUGAGCGUAGCAUUCACCUCGAGACACCUCACCGACCUAGCAAACGAAGCGGGCGUGCUGUCGCGAAAGGAGCAGAUCACGAUUGCGCGCGCAAAGAAUUUGUCUGUUAAAUUACAAGGGGACUCCUCAUUUGCGCCUACUGCUCUAGCGGCCAUGAGCAAUGAGACUUUCCGAACUUCACGGUCGAACGGCACGGCUGAGCGCGCCGUGAAUGGAGAGCUCCAACAGGACCAAGAUGCUGAGAUGGAAGACGCGACACAAAACGCGCACGACGUAAACAUGGAAGACGCAGGACACGCUCACGGCGCUUCUCAGAAGAACGUGACGAAUGGCGACACAGGACCGGAAGCAGUCAAUGGAGCCGAGCCCGUGACAAACGGCACCUCACAUGACGUAGAUACGGAUAAACUACAGGACAACGGUGAAGGAGCGGAUUCUCCAGCAGCUGACGAUGCGUCCGAUACCGCGUCACAACAGACAGCACACCGAAUGACGACGCGCGCCCGCGCGCAAGCAGCGUCGACUCCCUCGCCGCCUCAAUCCCCAUCCAGCAGCGAUAACGCAAUACACCCUCUCUUCACGUUCUCCACCGACUCGAUACCCGAUCGCGAUUUUGGGAUACCAUCUAAUGAGGCCGAGGAAACGCGUAUGCUGCUCAUGGCCUACAUACAAAAGCAGGAUGAGGUUGCACGGAUAACCUCGGAUCUAUUUCAAGGCAUGCUACAGGCCGACCGCAUGAGACAGGAUGUCUUCAGGUGGUCCAAGGCUGAAGCUCAUGUUGGAGAGAUGAGCGAUGGCGAGGACUGGUAUGACAAUGAGGAGUGGGGCCUCGACGAGGACCUGGCGAAAGGCCGCGACGAAGAAGAGGAUGAGACAGCGGCGACGGGAAAGAAGAGCACAAGACAGCGGCGGAAGCCAGACAAGGACGACCGUCAUGUCUUUUGCAACCAAUGCGCCGACACCACCGGACUCUCGAGGUCAACAAACGCGCAUAGGACGUGUCCAGCAUGCAAUGCUUCGCUCCACAACCCAGAUGAUGUCGUUAUUGCUGGAUUGAAUCCUUCAGAAGACUACAAAACCAGCGUGCUCAGUGGCCUCAGUCCAACCAUCAUCAUGGAAUGCGCAAGUCGUGGCCUGGCCUUCCAUAGCUAUCAAACUUCACAGGAAAUUAUCUACCAGGAGCAUCUUGCAAAGGGCUUGACCGAGAAAUACAACACACUAAGCCAACAGAUGGAUCAGCUUAUCCACGAUGCGAACUCACAGAUCAAGGCCCUGCAAGACAAGAUCCAAGCUAUGCAGGCGGAGCAGACCUCUCUCGAAGCUAAGAACCACGAGCUAGUCGACGCCUACAAGGAGAAGACCAAGUCACAACAGCAGACCCAAAAGCUCUAUCAGUCUUUGAAAGCGCAGGUCAUGGCAUCGCAUGUUGCCCAUGCAGCUGGCGACGAAGCAGAGUUCACGCUUCAAACCGGCCGUGGCGAUCGUUUCAUCGACCGCCUACCAGGCGCGCGAACUAGUACCACAAACUUCGGGCAGAUUGGUGUAGGCCGGCAGACCGGCGGCGAAAAGCCGCAUAAUAGGAACAAUAGCAGAAGCUCUCGAAGUAGUGGCCAACAGCUAGGUGGCAUUGGAAUUGGACCUUCAUACACUCCAAACUUGCAAGGGCGCGAUUUGGGCGGCAGAGUUUACUCAGGCCAAUCUGCCCCGGUUGGGACACCAUCUCAAGCUCACCGAAGCCGUCUCCCUGUCCUCGGUGGGGCUCGUCAAAACCCCUACUUGAACCCGGAAGCCGGUCCUUCAUAUCAAGCUUCACCGUUGACUCGACAGCCUCUUGUGGGUAAUGUUGCUGCACGAGGGUUGGGCAACUUUGCGCUUGGAGGCAAGUCGUCAGGGAGGGCUGGAGGCAUAGCGAACACUGAGCCUCUGGGACGUUGA